CUAUCUGAAGUUAUUUGUUUUAAAUAUGCCUUUUUAUAUUUUUUCCAAAUAUGCAGAUGGCAUUUGGUCUACGUUGUGUUUUUCUCCUUUGUGGACUUAGUGGGCUGCUGACUGGAGUCUGGUCAAAGCCUGCCGUUCACCCAGUAGAAAAUAGCUGUCCUAAAGGUUGGACUCAGUUGGACUGCCACUGUUACAUCUAUGAAGAUGAUAUAAGAACAUUUGCAGAUGCAGAAAGCGUCUGCAACAUUCUUGGUGGGAAUAUGGUCUCCAUUCACAGUGACCUGGAAAAUGCGCUUGUCGUGGAAAUGCUUAGAGCGAAUGAUAAUGAUGAUGAGGCCUGGAUUGGACUGAGUGAUGCAAUUGAGGAUGAUACAUUCCUUUGGACUGAUGGCUCAGAUAAUGAAUACACCAACUUUGACACAGACCAAUCAGAGCCUGAUAACACUGGUCCCUGUGUACAAAUUCAAGAAAAUGAUGGCACAUGGGAGGAUGUUGAGUGCAGCACGGAGCUCCCAUAUAUUUGCAUUAGAGAUAUCAAACACUAAUCGCAUCCUUAUUUCAUAAUGUCAUUUCCCGAAUCAAAAUGUCUCAGUAAGAUCCUAUCCAAUAUUAGUGGGGUCUUUGUAUUCUAGGCUCCGUGAUCAGUUCCUCUUGUCUUUUUCAAAGCUCAUUUGCCAUGGUGGAAAAAGAUUGCACCAGAAAAAAAGCAUCUCUUUGAUUAUUAAAGAAAUCUAU